AUGGCCAGGGUGCGUCCUGCUUCGAGACAUUUUCGGAAGGGCUCAUGUGUGGGGCUGUUGGCACUACUGCUUGCGUCCGCGCACGCCUUCGUGCAUGCACAAUUGGGAGGAUGCCUGUCCCGCUCUCAGACCCAGACGCGGGCCUCCAGUCGAAGAGAGGUCCUCGCGCUGCUUCCCCUCGCGGAGGCCCUGCAUGCUGGCUCAGCUGAAGCUCUAGAUUCUGCCCUCCGUGGCCAGAAAGUUGUGGUCUUGGGAGGCUCUGGAUUUGUGGGGCGACGAAUAUGCCAGCGACUCGUGGCCGAGGGCGCCCAAGUCACGAGCAUUUCUCGCACAGGAGGGCCGCCGUCGAAGGUCGGUGACUGGGCCUCCAGUGUCGCAUGGAAGAGGAAGGACGUGCUAACUGCCGAUUUAGUGCCGGAGAUGACCGGUGCAGGGGCAGUGAUAUCUGCCAUCGGCAGCAUCGGCUCGGCUGAUGAUGAACAAGGGAACGGAGCCACCAACGAAGCUGCAGUUGCAGCAGCGGCAAAAGCUGGAGUGAAGCGCUUCGUCCUAGUGUCCGCGAGCAAGGACGUUGGUGAAGCUGGAGUUGAUGCUAUUUUCGGACCGUAUGUCAAGGGCAAGCAGCGUGCUGAAGCAGCAGUGAAAGGCAGAUUUUCCGACAGCAGCCUGGUUCUGCAGCCGAGCUUUAUUUAUGGCGGUGAUGAAUUCAGUGCUACACCGCCACGGGUGGCUGGAUGGUAUGGUGAGAAGGUGGAGAACCUCUUGGCUACAGAGCUGUUCAGAGCAGUCGCGUCUGCAUCGCCUGCCUUCCUGCGACUCGCGCUCUCACCACCGCUUGCUGUGGAUGAUGUCGCGAAGGCAGCUGUGGCCGGCGCUGCUGGGCGUGCGACCGGAACUUUGGAAAGUCAUGAUGCCAUCUUGGCGGCCCGAUGA